GUGGAUAUCACCUUCUUGGGCUAUGCCCCUCCAUUCAUUCCGUAUUCAGUUGAUACAGAAAAACUCCUCUUCCACUCUUGUUCCUUUUCACCAGAAAUUUCAGUAAUUUUAUCUUCAUACCGAAGAAUUAUACCAUUUAUACGUGACUGUAAGUAAAAAGAGCAACAUUUUGGAUAAAUCAGCAGCUUCACACAGAAGAAAACUGAAGGUUCAGAUGGCAUUAUCACCUGUUGGAGUUUCAAGGAUAUCUUUGUUUAAAGCUGCUUCUUUGGACUUUAGUGGAAGUAACAGGGUUUCAAGUGGUUGUGCUUUAACUCCUUCUUCAUCUGAUGUUACCCGGCUUGUGGUUCUCAAAUCAGCUGCUCCGCGUAAACACAUUGCCUGCUCAGCUGUUCAAGAAUCAUCAACUCCUACUGUUUCUGCAGAGGCAAAGGAAGAAAAGGCAGCAGCAGCAAAACCAGCAGCAGCAGCAAAGCCAAAAGCUGCAGCAAAAGCUCCACCUAAAAAAUUGCCUGAAAUGAUGGAAGAAGAUAUUAUCCCUGCACUAAGAUCAACUCUUGAAGCUCAAGAUGAUAUAACAGAUCUCGAGCUUGCCUUUCAGGAUACUACGUUGGAAGGUUCAUUCAUGCAAAAUGGAAUACCCUACUCAUUUUGGGCCUUUUUCCCUGAUGGAGAACUUACAGGUCCAAAGGGAUUUGCGCUUUCCUCUUAUGGCUCGGAAGUAAGCACAGUGGAACCAUUUCUUAUUGACGAGAAGAAAAUCUCUGCAAAACUUGUGGUGUUUUGGGUUGAGAAACGAUUGGCAGCUCAAGGGAUCAUUCCUGUGUGGGAAAAAAUUUAAACUUUACAAUGUUGGUUCAACCUAAUCCAUUUUUAUAAUCACUCUACUUGUAUAUGAAAGUACAACCUAAUCCAUUUUUAUAAUCACUUUUCUUAAUUAAUGAAGUACAUAUAUGAAAUGUAUUGUCCCUUUUGUGCA